CUGCCAAUAAAAAGGAAAACAUAAAACGCAUUGCCGGCUUUACUUCAACAAGCUUCCCUACACACGCGGCCGUCGGUGGCGAUCAGAUCAACCAAAAACCGAUCUCGCGGCGGCCGAGUUCUCACCGUCGGCCGCGUCGAUUCCGUUUCUUCUUCUUUCAAUUGCUUAAUUAUCCAUCCGCUGAACUCCAAUUUUAACCAAUGGCUGUAAAACCCAAGUCCCGCACAGUUCUCGAACCCUUCGCACAAUCCGCCGUCGACUCCGGCACCUCUCCGAUCAAACACGCCGCUCUCUCCGAAAUAUCCGACGAACAAACUCUGAUCUACAUCGCGAAUCUCUCCGGCGUCCUGUCACUCUACUCGCUGCAAACCUCCCUGCCGCAUAUCGCCUUCGUCAGACGCCUCGCGCUGCCCGGCACCGGCGCGCUGAGCUCAAUCCUCCCCCUCGUUCACAUCGGUAAAGUCAUUGUCCUCGUCGAUGGAUACUUGUACUUAAUCGACUCUAAUUUAGCGGAAACGCCUAAGAGAAUUGCUCUAUUUAGAGGAGUCACUGCGUUUUCUCGGAAAUUUCAAAGCCGAAGCUAUGGUUCGGAAUCUCUUCAUAGUAAUGGCGGUGGUGAAGCUAAUUAUGUGCAUAGAAAUGGCGAUGGUAAUGAUGUGAAGAGUUUCUUCGCGGUUGGGAUUGGGAAGAAAUUGGUAUUAGCGGAAUUAGUUUUGGGUGGUUCGUUGGUGAUAUUGAAGGAGAUUCAAGGGGUUUUUGAUGGAUUUAUUACGACUGUGCUGUGGAUUGACGAUUCUGUGUUUGUUGGCACCAAAAUUGGGUAUUAUUUGUAUAAUCGUGUGAACGGGCGGUGCGAGCUGAUCUUUUCGCUACCGGAUUCGUCUAGUUUUCCGAGACUGAAGUUGCUGGCGAAGGAGUCGAGGGUGAUGUUAAUGGUUGACAAUGUAGGGAUUGUUGUGGACGUGGCGGGGCAGCCGGUGGGAGGCAGCUUGGUGUUUAAGGAGGCUCCUGAUUCGAUUAAGGAAAUAGGAAGUUAUGUGAUUGCUGCGAGGAAUCUGACGCUGGAAGUGUAUCACAAGAAAACGGGAUUCUGUGUUCAGAGGCUUACGUUUGGGAAUGGAGGCGCAGGACCGUGCAUGCUGGCGGAUGAGGAGCACGAGAAUGGGAAGCUUGUUGCUGUUGCAACGAGUUUAAAGCUAAUCUGCUACUGGAAAGUUUCUGGAGAAGAGCAAAUUAAAGAUCUGCUCAGGAAAAAGAGCUUCAAGGAAGCCAUCUCCUUGGUUGAAGAGCUGGAGAAUGACGGUGAAAUGACAAAGGAGAUGCUCUCAUUUGUCCAGGCACAGGUGGGAUUCCUGUUGCUAUUUGAUUUGCAUUUCAAGGAAGCAGUAGAUCACUUCUUGCUUUCAGAAAACAUGCAGCCUUCUGAACUUUUUCCAUUUAUCAUGCCAGACCCAAAUCGCUGGACACUGCUGGUCCCAAGAAAUCGGUAUUGGGGUUUGCAUCCUCCUCCAACACCUCUUGAAAAUGUAAUAGAUGAUGGAUUGACAGCUAUUCAAAGAGCUGUUUUUCUAAAGAAGGCAGGCGUAGAGUCUGCUGUUGAUGAUGAGUUUCUUCAAAAUCCCCCAACAAGAGCUGAUCUGUUAGAGUCUGCCAUAGAGAACAUGAUAAGAUAUUUGCAAACAUGUCGUGGAAGAGAUCUAGCCAUUUCAGUGAAGGAGGGAGUUGACACUCUUCUGAUGUAUCUUUAUAGAGCUCGGAAUUGUGUUGAUGACAUGGAAAGGCUUGCUUCUUCAGAGAACUGCUGUGUAGUGGAGGAGCUAGAAGCACUAAUGAAUGAAUCUGGGCAUUUGCGAACACUUGCUUUCCUUUAUGCUGGCAAAGGAAUGAGUGCCAAGGCUGUUUCUACUUGGCGUGUGUUGGCCAGAAAAUAUUCGUCAGGCAGCUAUCGUAAUGAACAAUCUGAGGGAACUGAUUUACAAGAUCCCACUAGAAGGUUUAUCUCAAAUCGGGAGACUGCAGCAAUAGAGGCAUCUAAGAUUCUCGAGGAAUCAUCAGACCAGGAUUUGAUACUUCAGCACCUCGGAUGGAUUGCUGAUAUUAGCCAGGUGCUUGCAGUUCAAAUUCUGAUAUCAGAAAAAAGGAGCGAUUUACUAUCACCAGACGAAGUUAUCGCUGCAAUAGAUCCCAAAAAAGUAGAAAUUCUUCAAAGAUAUCUCCAGUGGUUGAUUGAAGACCAAGACUCUGAGGACCUGCAGUUCCAUACAACAUAUGCGCUCUUGCUUGCAAAGUCAGCACUUGAAACUUAUGAUGAGGAGCUUUCAACUCAAAAUGUUCUCAGUGAGAUGAAUGUGUCUGAAAAUGGAAGGAGUUCAAUUUUUGAUACUCCUGUUAGGGAAAGACUGCAGAUAUUCUUACAGUCAUCAGCCCUAUAUGAUGCAGAAGAGGUCCUCGAUAUGAUUGAAGAGUCAGAACUUUGGCUUGAAAAGGCUAUACUUUAUAGGAGGCUUGGCCAAGAAGCCCUCGUGCUAGAUAUUUUGGCUUUGAAACUGGAGAACUUUGAAGCUGCUGAAAACUAUUGCGCAGAGAUUGGUAGACCAGAUGCUUAUAUGCAGUUGCUCGACAUAUAUUUGGAUCCUAAGGAUGGCAGAGAGCCCAUGUUCAAAGCUGCUGUCCGUCUUCUCCACAAUCAUGGAGAAAUGCUAAAUCCUUUGAAAGUGCUCGAGAGAUUAUCACCGGAUAUGCCUCUUCAGCUUGCUUCAGAUAUAAUAUUGAAAAUGUUAAGAGCCCGGCAACAUCAUCGACUGCAAGGAAAAAUUGUUCACAAGAUGUCUCAUGCCUUGAAUGUUGAUGCGAGUUUAGCAAGACUGGAAGAGAGGUCCCGCCUUGUGCAGAUCAAUGAUGAAAGUACUUGUGAUUCUUGCCAUGCUCGUCUCGGUACCAAGCUGUUUGCAAUGUACCCAGACGAUUCUGUUGUUUGUUACAAGUGCUACCGCCGUCAAGGUGAGUCCACUUCCGUCAGUGGCCGUGAUUUCAAGAAAGAUAUAUUGCUUAAACCCGGAUGGCUGGUUACUCGAUGAAAUGCUGAAUAUAUAAUUCUCAAUUCAAGAUGACACGGUACUGCUAUCGUAAACCCGGACAAGCGAACAUAUAUUAGUCAAAUUCAUCUUUCAAUUGGAAUUUUGCUGGGUUAGUUUAACUUGUUAUGAGGUUAGUUGAUCUGAGAUAGCUGUUUGCUUCUUACCAAGUUAUAGAUGUGUAUUAUUUGAGGAAAUUUAGAGUAAAAAUUUGCAGAAGUAGAAAUUUUUGUUGGAGACGAUGUAUAUAAUCUUGUAAACUAGCUAAAUUUCUGGGUUGAGCUGAAAAAGAUUGUUUUCAAUUA